GGGGAUGGGCCGUUCUCCUCCUGGAACUUGGAGUACUGUUUAGACUCUCGAGUCAAUUUGUUACCAUCAGGAAACACUGUUGAUUUUCCUGGGAUGUAAACUUAUGGGGUUCGUUCCUGAAGAAAGUUUCCCAGCCUGGAUGCUAUGGAGAGAACAAGAGGAAGGGGCUGAGCAGGUGGCGGGGAGGUGACGUACCCAGAGUAAAGCCUGACUGGAACCCCAGCAGCAGGCCCUGCCCCGGGAUGCUCUGGGCAUGGCCUCUGGAGCCUCACAGCAGAGCAACCAGAUGGCAGAGGAGGCCCCUGGCUUCUUGGACGCAUUCCUCCAUGACUUUCCAGCCCCGCUGAGCCCGGAGAGCCCUUUGCCAUGGAAGACCCCAGGAACAGUGCUGAGCCAGGAGGAGGUAGAGGGCGAGCUGGCCGAGCUGGCAGUGGGCUUCCUGAACAGCAGGAACGCUCCGCCACCACUUGCCUCAUCUCUAGCCCAUGAGGCAGUUUCCCAGCUGCUGCAGAUGGACCUUUCUGAAUUCAAGAAGUUGCCCAGGCAGGAGGAGGAAGACAAUGAGGAAGAGGAGAAGGAGAAGGCCCCUGUGACCUUGCUGGAUGCCAAGGGCCUGGCGCGGAGCUUCUUUAACCGGCUCUGGGAAGUAUGCAGCCAGUGGCAGAAGCAGGUGCCCUUGACUGCCCGGGCUCCACAGCGGCAGUGGCUGGUCUCCAUCCACGCCAUCCGGAACACUCGCCGCAAGAUGGAGGACCGGCACGUGUGCCUUCCCACCUUCAACCAGCUCUUCGGCCUGUCUGACCCUGUGGACCGCGCCUACUUUGCCGUGUUUGAUGGUCACGGAGGGGUGGACGCCGCAAGGUAUGCCGCUGUGCACAUACAUGCCAAUGCUGCCCGCCAGCCAGAGCUGCCCACAGACCCCGAGGGAGCCCUCAGAAAAGCUUUCCGGCACACCGAUGAGAUGUUUCUCUGGAAAGCCAAGCGAGAGAGGCUGCAGAGCGGCACCACAGGUGUGUGUGCACUCAUCACAGGAAAGACCCUGCACAUUGCCUGGCUUGGAGACUCCCAGGUCAUCCUGGUGCAGCAGGGGCAGGUGGUGAAGCUGAUGGAGCCGCAUAAACCCGAGCGUCAGGACGAGAAGGAGCGCAUCGAAGCGCUGGGCGGCUUCGUGUCUCACAUGGACUGCUGGAGAGUCAACGGGACCCUGGCCGUCUCCAGAGCCAUUGGGGACGUCUUCCAGAAGCCCUAUGUGUCUGGGGAGGCGGAUGCGGCCUCCCGGGAGCUGACCGGCUCCGAGGACUACCUGCUGCUGGCCUGCGAUGGCUUCUUUGAUGUUGUCCCUCACCAGGAGGUAGCUGGCCUCGUUCAGAGCCACCUGGUCAGGCAGCAGGGCAGUGGGCUGCAAGUCGCCGAGGAACUGGUGGCUGCAGCCCGGGAGCGGGGCUCCCAUGACAACAUCACGGUCAUGGUAGUCUUCCUCAGGGACCCCCGAGACCUACUGGAGGGUGAGGCCCAGGGGAUGGGGGACCCCCUGGUAGUUGGGAGAAGCUGUGACUUGCCCUCUGACCUCUCAGAGCCAGAGAGCAACACUCCACAGAGAAGCUAGGAGGCCCAGGGUCCCGGCCCCCACCUCAUGACCCAUCCCCUCAGAUGCCUUAGGACCUGACAGGCAGUGGUGGGCAGGCAGGCGCCACCCAAGCAGCGCUUUCCCCUGGGACCUCAAGCCCUUCGUGCUGCUUGUAUCAGCCCAUCCUGGUGGCUGUGGAACUGCAUUGGGCAGUGGGUGUCGCACCUUGCUCGUGACAGGCAGUGGGAUGGCCAGGCUUUCUGAAGGAAGCCUCACCAAAGAGAAGAUGACCCAGAAAUUGCACCAGCUCUUGCUCCCACAGGCACUGGCUGCAGCCAGACCAAAGAUGCCAGUGGUUUUGGGGGGGGACAGUGGGACACUGUAUGUGGGGUGUGGGACCCUCCUGCAGACCCAGGAGCCAUGGGCAUUUGCAGGCACGUCCUGGGCUCCCAGUGCAGGUUUCUCAUCCAUUCUUCAUGGGCCGCAGCUGGGAGGGCUCGUGCCCAUAGAUGCACCUGGCCCUUUCCAAAUAGGGGAGAGAAUCUGGGAUCUGGUCUGCAGUGGUCAACUGCACGCUUCAUAGUAGCUGUGACAUAUGUGGCUCUGGCCUCCCUGGUCCCCUCUUGUCCCCCAAGCACGCAGGGAGGGGAAACUCAGAGAUGCUAUACUUGUCUUGUCUGUGGUCUUUUUUUCCCCCCAGGGAAAAGUCUAAUGCAGCAGUAUUUCAGGUUUUUGUCUUUGUUAUGUCAGUGCCAAGGUGACCUGUUGUGUCAUAUAACUUAAGCAGAGCUUAGCAUUUAUUUUAUUUCUUAGAAAACUUAAGUAUUGAUUUUUUUUUUAGGGGAAACUUCUUUUGCAGUAUUACUGAAUUUUUUGUCUUAAAUCAAGAUUGAAACAAUCUUUCCAGGUAGUGUUAAUAAGCCAUUCAAGUGCCUUAAACAGCGUUAGGGAAGGCUAGAUCUGCCGGGCCUAUGACGGGUUCUAAUAGUCAUGUUUAAGCUUUCACAAAAGUAGGAUUUAUUUUGUUACAAUGGCAUGCUUGGGCUAGAAUUCUCCCUAGAAGAGGUCUUUCUGCCUGUUUGUGAUGCGCCACUGACAGUCAGCAGGGCAGCCCCUGAGAGCAUGCUCUGUGCCAUGUGGCCUGGACCAGACCGCAGGGCUCCGGGAGUGCAGGGUGACUGUGGCCUCUGCCUGCCUCCCACUCCGCUUGGCCGUGCUGCUCGGUAUCUGGCUGGAACCCAGGCCGAGGGCCUGAGCUUCAUGAGCAGACGGGUCCUUGCUGCUGUUUGGAAGGUUCCAGAAUGUCUUGUGUGUUUGGUAGUUGAAUUGGUUUCAUUGGGAAACACACAUGAGAGGCUCUGGCAAGUUCAAGGUAGCCUGUGGGUCUGUUUGAAGGCAGUGGGGACACAGCUGGGAGUCUGUCCAACCUGCAGGGCCAAAGCCCUUGUUUCUGCCCAUGGCUUGUGGGCUCUGAUUCCUUGCUCUGUGCCCAGUCUGACUGCCUGUGAAAGAGCUCAUGUCUCCUAGUGCCCUGGGAAGGUGAAACUCAGGUGACUUCAUUUGUUCACAUUGAGUGGGGCAAAUAAAACUCCUGUGUGGAGCUGAAAGUGGCAGAGCUGGAUGGGGGUUCCUGGUAGAGGUCAGGCCCCAGGCGAGAGGGGUCUCUGGUGGGAGGACCGGGGCUCGCAGCGGUGGGCAGGGUUGCUGCAGGCAGAGGCUGACAGGCCUGGGAAGGUCAGUGGGUGGCUUAACUGAGGCUUCAGGAGAAUAGGGGGAGGGGGCUGGACAGUGGGAAGAGGCUUAGUGCCAGGUCCUUGAGGCCAGGAAGUCCUGUGAAGGCAUUCAGAGUGCACCUGCAACAGAAAGGCCCCAGGAAGGUCUGCCUAGGCAGCCCACUGAUCCCAAUGGCACUUGAGAGCAGCCCUUGGAAAAGGGAAGCUGCCUCUCCCGAGGUGGGUGGGCUGUCCAGCAGGAAGGCAGGGAGCCAUGGCCCACCGCCUGAAAGCUCCACAUUUACCCCACUCCCACAGCAGAAUGAAGACGUUAAGACCAUGUGGUUAAUGCCUUGCUCAAGGCUUCAUGAUAAAAAGCCUCUGAAACAUGGUCGCUGCAAUUCAGAGAAUGUUUGGCAGCUAACAUGACUAGGUGUUGCCCCAUUUAACUUGAAAGCCCUGCUGCCUCCUGGGAGCUAGAAGCCCCCUCAACAGCCCUUCCCAGCACAGAGCUGGCAAGAAACCGGAUGUGGUCCCUCCCUUCACUACCAGCCUGGCAUCCCAUGGGCAUGACCUUCAUGGAGAGAGGGAGAAAUGGGCUUCUGUUUUUCUCUUUUCUUUGCUAAUCGUAUUCCGUUGAUUGCUGCCAAGAGAGGAGCUCCACCUCGUGGAGUCUGGAUCACACCACUUGGUGGCCUGAUUCAAGUCCUGGCCUGAGGCUCCCCCAGAACCUCUCUCCAGGCUUGUCCUGGCAGCCGAGGGAGCCCUUGUUCUCCCGUUGCACGGGGACUGGCCUGUGCAAGCACCUAGGCAUGAAGUAGGUCUCUUCCAUCUUGACUUGGCUGCACUGGGAGCUACUGGGCAAUCUAACCUCUGAGCACCCUGGUCCACUUCCUCUUCAGGACACAGUCCCAAGAGGGCCCCUAGCCAGGAUAUUGGUCUAUAAACCUCAAUCCCCUUCUCAAGUCCCACCUUUGCCACUAGGUCAUUAUGUCGUUGCACCCUUCUUGGGCCUCAGUUUCCCUUUGUAGGGUACAGGGUUGUACUGAGUCUGUGCAGCAGCUCCUGGAAUUCUGGCAGUGCAGGGGCCACUCAGGGUGAACCCAGCACAUCUUGGGAGAUGCUACCAGUGCUGAGAGCUCCUCCCCCAUUGCCAACGGGGAGGAGUGAUUAAGUAUUAUUAGUGUCUAUUCUUAAAAUUAAGUGGGUUGGAAAAGAAUCAAGCUACUGAUGCCAGCGCCUUAUAUGGAAUACAAAAGUUGGAGAAAUACAGCCCUGCUUGUACAGGUAGGACUGAUCCCCAGCCAGCAGGGGUGGGAGAGGAGGCGAAGGCAGCCAGCUCCCUCUGCAGUUGUGAGGUGGGAGGGCCUGGAAAGGGGGCUGGCACAGCUGGCUUCUCCAGGGCUGCUAGUCAAGCUCCCAAUCCGCUGAAAUCCUGGAGGCGAACGCAUGGCCUCCCAAAACAGCCUGUCCUCAGCAUCCAGGACUAGGAAGUGGGUCAAUUUUAGGAAGAGAGAGAAAUAGGGGUGCGCCCCAACGAGAAGCACAGGCUCUCUGAGGGCCAUCCCUGCCUUUGGCAGCAGUCCUAUCUCCUGCCCUCCCCAAGCCAGCAAGUAUUCCCCAGCUUCACCCCUUCCUCAGCUACAGCAGCAGUAUUCCCAGGGCUGGGGGCACAGCUCUGACAGCUCCUAGGCCUGGCCCACACCCCAGCUAAACAGAGACCAGGUAGGCCUGUGCAAAAGAACCUGUUUUGGUUUGAUUCUGGCGGUAGCCCAAAGUGGACAGCCCCAGGAGCCUGCGAUUUUCCGAGUCUCCAUGGCUUUGCCAAAUUUGCCAGGCUUUGCCAAAUUCGCCGAGCUUUGCCAUUCACAUGCCGUGCCAGUCUUGCCAAGGGUUUAUCUCUACACAUCUCAGUGGGGUUCCUGGGAGUGAAGUUCUGCGAGGGGGAUCUAGUUCGAAGACAGGAUGGCUGUUUCCCCUGUCUUUAGGGAUAAGUCCCAGGGUGGGAGACCAGAAAGGUGUUUCGUCCCAGGGCCACUGUGCUCAAGUAUCAAUAAACCGUGAGUUCUGAAAA